CAAAUUGUCUAUGGGUUAGUUACAUUUUCCGUGUGGUGCCCGAUUUAUCAAUAUUUUUCCUAUAUUUUGUUUUCGGAAUAUAGGCGGGAACCUGUUGUCUUCAAUAAAACUCAGUAACAAUGAGUGUCGAAGAGGAUAUAAUGAAAAUACAAAAGAAAUUGACAAAGAUGAUUUCAGCGGAUGGCACGGGUCAGGAAGAAGCCUUAGACCUGCUGAAAUCGUUACAGACCAUGGCUAUUAAUUUGGACGUGUUGACUAAAACCAGAAUAGGUAUGACCGUCAAUAAUCUUCGUAAAUCCAGUAAGGAUGAAGAAGUAAUAUCUCUUUGCAAAACCUUGAUUAAAAAUUGGAAGAAAUUCUUAUCGACACCAGGCACCCCAGGCAAAGAUAAUGGCAGCUCCUCAAAAUCUAAAAAAGAAGGCAAGGAUAAAGAUAAAAAAGAUGAUAAGGAAAAAGACAAGAAGUUGCCCGCUUCUUUCCCCCCACAAACAAAUACAACUGAUGCUGUAAGGCUGAAGUGUAGGGAACUUCUCACACAAGCUCUUAAAGUUGAUGGUGAAAACCCAAGUUCCUGUGGGAGCCCUGAGGAACUGGCUGAAGAAUUAGAGGAAUGCAUUUAUGCUGAGUUUAAGAAUACUGACAUGAGAUAUAAGAACAGAGUAAGAUCAAGAGUGGCCAAUCUGAAAGAUCCUAAGAAUCCAACAUUACGUACAAACUUUCUUAAUGGUGUGAUCUCUGCUUCCCGCCUCGCGAAGAUGGCUCCCGAAGAAAUGGCCAGUGAUGAAAUGAAGAAACUGAGGGAGAAGUUUGUUAAGGAAGCUAUUGAUGAUGCACAGUUGGCCACAGUACAAGGUACAAAAACUGAGAUGCUUAAGUGUGGCAAAUGCAAAAAGAAGAACUGCACAUACAACCAGUUGCAGACGAGAAGUUCUGAUGAACCUAUGACUACUUUUGUACUUUGUAAUGAAUGCGGCAAUCGCUGGAAAUUCUGUUAAGACUGCUUUUAACCAUCCUAAGGUGACUAGUGUACCCUACAUUAUGAGAUACUGUGUUGUAUCAAGUAUAAUAUUACAUUUACGAUGAAUUAUGGUUUCUGUUUUUUGCUAUUUUAACA